AUGGUUCCGAGCCUACCGGAAGAUCGUAGUCUCGAUGACAACAUCUCGGCCACCGACGACGAAAAAACCCUUGUCAGUGCACCAAUCAGUGAAAAUGGCACUGCUCUCACCUCCAAUCCUGCAUCCGCCCACGUGCCUGUCGAGCACAUUCCUCUUAGCGACACUGGGUCUUCGCACUCCCCCACAAGCGAGGAGCGAAGCCUCAUGAAUAGUUCACAGAGAUCGAUAUCUGCGGCUGCUCGCCUCGCCAUAGUAGAUUUAUUGGCCGAAGACGGGGAGAACGACCGCGCCCUCCGAGAAGAACGUCUUCAGCUGUCACGGUCGGAGGAAGCACCAUGGAGCCCAUGGGUUCUAUCUACACCAGAGGACCGUUUUCGACGUAUUCAAGUGGUGCUUAAAAAUAAUGCCUUGCCUGUCAGGCACGAUGUACCCGAGCCGGCGGCCGAGCAUAGGCAAGAAACGCUGCAAUCUAUUUCGUCAUGUGCGACUGUCGAAAUUAUUGGUCUCACAAAUGGCUAA